AGAUGGAGUGGCUGAGCCAGCGCUGCCCGCUGCCGCCCGCUGCCCAGGGCUGCCCUCGGCCCAGCCGGGCCACCGUGCUGCUGGUGCUGGCUCUGUGUGUGCUGCUGUACCCGGUGCUGCAGAGUCUCGCGCUGCAGCUGCACUCUGCCCUCACCGGCAGCUACGUCUCUGGGACACACUCCAUCGCCUUCAUCAACUGCCUCAACGAGCAGAUUGCUAAGGAUAUGGCAAGGGCCAUCAUGGAUAAGAAGCUGGCUGCCUACGUGAACAUCCUGCCAAAGAGCUCAGCCUUGUCUUUCUGGGAAGGGGAACUAGAAGAAACUACUGAAAUACUGCUGUUAGUGAAAACGAGGACAUCCAAAAUAGGAGAACUGUCCAACUACAUCAGAUCCAUCCAUCCCUUCGAAAUCCCCGAAAUCAUCAGCCUGCCUAUUGAUCAAGGAAACCCUGUCUACCUCAAGUGGAUGGAGGAAAGUGUCCCGCGGGACUGACUGAAGCGUGCAGCCGGCGCUUGGCUGUCGCAGGGAGCCGCGCCGGGCGCUCUGUGCGGGCACAGGCGGUUCCUAUCUUCACGGCUUUGCUGGGACAGACGCUCGGGGAUUCCGUUUGCACUGGAAACGUCCCGCCCUUGCCCCGGCGCCGCGCUCCAGGGAGCACCCGGCAGCGCAGGCUGGGGCGGGGAACGGCCGCGCACACCGCGGGCUGCUGCGGCGCUGCGGCUGGGGAUGUACGGAGAUGCUCAGGUCGGGACACUGAAGCAUCUGGGGACCGGCUCAGGCCGCAGCCAUGGGCUGGUAGCCCCCGGAGCCCCCGCUCCCCGCCGCAGCAGCCGCCUCCUUCCCCGGCCCCGCGGGAUGUGAGCGGCCGGCUCUCGCCCUCUCCCGCUGUCAGCCACAGCGCUGGUUCCAGUCGUGCAGCAGCCGAGGGAACGGCAAAUUUGAGCAGCCACCAACAAGCAUCUAACAGGAGCUGCAAGCAGCACACGCACAGCCCCUGCCCGACCUGCCGAGCCGGGGAGAGCUGCGAGUUAGGCAGCAGGAGCAGGGCAUCCUCCCCCUGCGGGGCAUCCCCCGGCCCUGCAUCCCUCACCCAGCCCUGAACGGGGCCAAGCUCAACCUUGUGAAAAGAUGCUCGUGGUAAUAGUUUCAUAGGAUGUAACUUAUGGAACAGUAUCGAGUUAUUUAUGAGUGGGAAGGGAUUAAAUGGGAGUGUUUCUUAGCUGGGCAGGCUCCUGUGUCUUGGCAGAUUGUGGGCACAGCGGCUGCAGGGAGGGCAGAGCCCAGACUCACUGCACCAGCUGCAUCGUGGCAUGUGUUUGGGAGCACACACUGACCCCCACGGCCCAAACCCAAUAAUCCUGACACUACAAAGAGCCAGUGACAUUAAAAAAAAGGAGAUUUUGUUUUAAUUGUACAUCAGACAUAUUCAUUCCAACUUGGGUAUAAAAGGUUGGUUAUUACAAGCAGCAAACGGAACUCAUAGAUCUUUAGAAGGUGCACAGAGUCAUUAUA